CAGCGACUCCAGCAGCAGCUCGAGUGACGAGUCCCCGGCACGGUCGGUCCAGUCGACAGCCGUCCCAGCGCCCGCGUCCCAGCUGCUUCCAUCUCUGGAGAAAGAUGAACCCCGGAAGAGUUUUGGGAUCAAAGUUCAAAAUCUUCCAGUGCGCUCAACAGAUACAAGCCUUAAAGAUGGACUUUUCCACGAAUUCAAGAAGUACGGAAAGGUGACGUCGGUGCAGAUUCACGGAGCUUCUGAGGAACGGUAUGGACUGGUGUUCUUCCGACAGCAGGAGGACCAGGAAAAAGCACUAAAUGCUUCCAAAGGAAAACUCUUCUUUGGCAUGCAGAUUGAAGUCACGGCCUGGAUAGGACCAGAAACAGAAAGCGAGAAUGAAUUUCGUCCUUUGGAUGAAAGGAUAGACGAGUUUCACCCAAAAGCAACAAGAACUCUCUUCAUCGGUAACCUGGAGAAAACAACCACCUACCACGACCUUCGCAACAUCUUCCAGCGCUUUGGUGGAAUAGUGGAUAUCGACAUUAAGAAAGUGAGUCUGCAGUACUGUGAUAUCGCAAGCGUGUGUAAAGCAAUUAAGAAGAUGGAUGGGGAGUAUCUUGGGAAUAACCGGCUCAAGCUGGGUUUUGGGAAGAGCAUGCCUACAAACUGCGUGUGGUUAGAUGGUCUUUCUACAAACGUUACGGAUCAGUAUUUAACUCGACAUUUCUGCCGAUACGGGCCUGUGGUAAAGGUGGUGUUUGACCGCUUAAAAGGCAUGGCCCUGGUUCUCUACAAUGAGAUUGAAUAUGCACAAGCAGCUGUAAAAGAGACCAAGGGGAGGAAAAUCGGUGGGAAUAAAAUUAAGGUGGACUUUGCAAACCGAGAGAGUCAGUUGGCAUUUUACCAUUCCAUGGAGAAAACGGGUCAAGACAUCAGAGACUUUUAUGAAAUGCUGGCAGAAAGAAGCAGGGACGAAAGAAGAGGAUCUUACGAGUAUGCCCCGGAUCGUACUUACUACGAGACUGUUCGGACUCCGGGGACGUAUCCUGAAGAUCCUCGUCGGGAAUACCCAGCUCGCGGCAGAGAAUUUUACGCGGAGUGGGAUCCCUACCAAGGAGACUACUACGACCCACGCUACUACGACGAUCCGCGCGAGUACAGGGAUUACCGAGGCGAUCCGUACGAGCAGGACAUAAGGGAGUACAGUUACAGGCAACGGGAGAGAGAGAGGGAGAGGGAACGGUUUGAAUCCGAUCGGGACAGAGACCACGAACGGAGACCGAUUGAACGGAGCCAGAGUCCGACGCACUCCAGGCGUCCGCAGAGCCCUGGGGCGUCUCCGUCCCAGUCGGAAAGGCUGCAGAGCGAUUCAGAGAGAAGGAUUUACAGCAGGUCAUCGGAUCGCAGCGGCAGCUGCAGCUCUCUGUCUCCUCCACGAUACGACAAGCUCGACAAAGCCCGCGUGGAACGUUACGCAAAAAAUGAAAAACCGGAGAAAGAGCGUGUCUUCGACCAGGAGAGAGUCGAGAAGGAGAAACGCUUGGUGAGAAAGGAGAAGCCGGAAAAGCUAGAAAAGGAGAAAACCGAUAAGCAGAAACGAAAAGCCAAAAUCCAUUCGCCCAGCUCUCAGUCUUCUGAGACGGAUCAAGAGAAUGAGAGAGAGCCCAGCCCUGAAAAACUGAAGGGCAACAGUAAACAAAGUAAAGAGAGAGGUGACAAAGAAGGGACAGCCAAAAACCGCCUGGAACUGAUGCCCUGUGUCGUGUUGACCCGAGUGAAAGAAAAGGAGGGGAAGGUUAUCGAUCAGCCCUCUCUGGAGAAACUGAGGGCAAAGCUUGAUAACGACACCAUGAAGUCCCCGCUGCUUGACCAGAAAACGCAGGCUCCUCAGACAGAGCAGGCCAAGUCUGACCAGUCUAAACUGGAACCUGUCAGAACCAAGGUACAGAAAGAGAAAGCCCUUGCCAGUCACGUAGAAGUGGUGGAUAAAGAGGGAAAACUGAAACCCAAAAAGCACUUGAAGACAGAGCAGACAUCCGAGGGGGCCAACGCUGUGGAUUUAGACAAGCUGGAGGCUCGCAAGAGACGUUUUGCUGAUGCAAAUCUGAAGCCUGAGAGGCAGAAACUGGAAGUAAAAAGAAGCAGCCAAGAUGAGGACGAUGCACGCGUGGUUUUGAAAAAGCAGCUGGAUGCAACGGCGUCGUCUAGAGAAGCGACGGUGUUACGGGAAGGAGAAUUGGAGAGAAAACCCCUGAGGAAGGAGAUGCUUAAAAGGGAAUCUAAAAAACUCAAACUGGAAAGACUCAUUCCUGUUACUAGUCCCAAAGAAAUUCAGGAGACACUUAGCGUUGGUGGGAUUGGCAUGCGUCCCACCCUGGAUCUGCAGGCGAGGCUAAUGGAGGCAGCCGAUGAACCAGUGGAAGUGCAGGAACUCUCUUCUAAAAAGCUGAAUCCAGUAAAACCCCAGCAUAAACAGGUACAGCUGCUCGACGAGCAGGGAGCGGAGCGAGAGGACGCGAGGAAGAACUACUCUGCUCUUCCUGAAGACGCUCCUGACCAUAAACUUGGCCAAGAGAAACCUCCGUCAGCUGACACAGAGGAGAAAAUCGGCAUCGACAUCGACCACACGCAAAGCUACAGGAAGCAAAUGGAGCAAAGUCGCAGGUUAAAACAGCAGCUGGAAAUGGAGAUCGCGAAGUCCGAGAAGUUUGGCAGCCCAAAGAAGGAUGUGGAUGAAUAUGAGAGACGGAGCUUGGUCCACGAGGUGGGAAAACCUCCGCAGGAUGUCACCGACGACUCUCCGCCAAGUAAAAGGAAAAAGACUGACCAGUUUGACUUUGAAAUCAGCACUAAAAGAGAAAGAAACUACAGGAGUUCUCGCCAGGUGAGUGAGGACUCCGAAAGGACAUCCUGUUCCCCUAGUAUCCGACACUUCCCUUUCCAUGAGGAUGAUGACACGCUCGAUUCUCCGAGGCUGAUGCUGUUAAAGGAAACCAAAGAGUCGCCCAAAAUAGAAGAAAAGGGGCUUUCGUACUCCAACAUGACUGUGAGGGAGGACUCACUGAAAUUUAAUCCUUACGAUUCCAGCAGAAGGGAGCAGAUGGCAGAAAUGGCUAAAAUAAAACUCUCCGUGCUGAGUUCUGAGGAUGACUCGGCUCGGUGGGAGACGCAAGUGAAGCAGGAGCCCGGUAGGGUUGAUAUCAGCUUCCCAAGCAGCAUCGUCAAAAGAGACAGCAUACGGAAGCGGUCGGUCCGAGACCUGGAACCCGGCGAGGUGCCUUCAGAUUCGGACGAUGACAGUGAAAACAAGCCCCAUUCCCCGAAAGCCUCGUCCUUGUUAGAGAGUUCCAGGUUGUCUUUUUUAUUAAGGGACAGAGAGGAGAAGUUACGUGAAAGAGAGGAGAGACUGUCGGGUUCCUUAGAAAGAAACAAAUUCUACUCUUUUGCUUUGGACAAGACAAUCACGCCGGACACAAAGGCCUUGCUUGAGCGAGCGAAGUCUCUCUCUUCAUCCAGAGAAGAAAACUGGUCCUUUCUAGACUGGGAUUCGAGAUUUGCUAGCUUCAGAAACAACAAAGACAAAGAGAAGGUUGACUCGGCUCCGAGGCCUAUCCCGUCUUGGUAUAUGAAGAAGAAAAAAAUCCGGACCGAUUCCGAAGGUGGAAAACUGGAUGAUAAGAAAGAAGAUCAUAAAGAGGAGGAACAAGAGAGACAGGAACUGUUUGCUUCUCGUUUUUUGCAUAGUUCCAUCUUCGAACAGGACUCCAAGCGCCUGCAGCAUUUAGAGAGAAAAGACGAUGAUCUCGACUUCAUUUCUGGUAGGUUGUACGGGAGGCAGUCGUCCUCCGACGGGACGAACAGCGCGGCUGACCUGGUGCAAGAGCCCGUGGUUCUCUUUCACAGUCGGUUUAUUGAACUGACGCGAAUGCAGCAGAAAGAAAAGGAGAAAGAUCAGAAACCGAAAGAAGCGGAAAAACAGGAAGAUAAAGAAAACCGGCCGAAAACACCAGAAACGGUUCCGGAGAGUAAAGAACCAGAAAAUAAAAUUUGCUCGGGGGUCGGUCCCUCUUCGGUCGCUGUCCUACCCCAGGAACCAGCACCGGUUGCUUCCGAGAAGGCGGCGAGUGAGAAGGUAGCGGUGGAGACGGCUUCUGUCAAAGAAGAAAAACCAUCUGAACCUGCUUCCGCAGUGGAGGAACAAAAACCUUUUCCUGAACUUGCUGCUCCCGUCAAAACGGAUCCGCCCGAGCAGACCGAGCCCCCGCCAGUCGUAGAAGCUGGUAAAGAAGUUGUGGCUACAGCCCUGGCACCGGAGGAAGACGCUGUGGCAACUGAGCAUCCGUCAUACUUGGACACCAAGCCUCCUACUCCUGGAGCUUCAUUUUCCCAGGCAGACAUCAGUGUAGAUCCAGAGCCUGAAGGUGUCCCGUUGGUUCCUCCUCCACCCAAGCUGGUGCAGAAGCCCGACGAGGCUGCCGAGCCUAAAGAGGAAAACCUUCCGCCUUCCGCCAACGCUGAUGCCGCUGCGAGUCAAAAAGCAGAGGUGUCCGCCGAGGCCCUGCCGCCCGUUUCCGACAACGACAUGGAAGUCGAACCUCCAGUUGUUGUAAAAGAUAAAAAGUCCUACAAGAGUAAGCGCUCCAAGACUCCCGUGCAGGCGGCUGCAGCGAAUGUGACGGAGAAGCCCGUCACGAGGAAGAGUGAAAGAAUUGACCGUGAAAAGCUCAAAAGGUCAAGCUCUCCUCGCGGGGAGACGCAGAAGCUUUGCGAACUGAAAGUGGAAGCAGAGAAGGUUUCGAGGAACGCUGCUAAAUCCCCUAGUUCUGCUGCAGAGCUGGAAAACGUGGAGCCGAGCCUGCCGAUAGGCCGGACUAGGCGCAGAAAUGUGAGGUCGGUCUACGCUACCACAGGGGACAAUGAAGGACCGUCUCCGGUGAAGGAUUCUGUGGAGGUCACUAGAUCCACCAGGAAGAGAGGGGAAAAGGAGCCGCAGGAAACAGUGACAACCGUUCCUACGACCCCCAGGAGGGGAAGACCUCCGAAAACCCGCCGCAAGCCGGAGGAGGAGAUCUCUCCAAUAAAGACAGAACCAGUACAGCAAGAGGUGGAGGAGGCUGAACCUAAAGAUGCUGCGGAAGCUCCUAAGCCAGCAGAAGGUUGGAGGUCUCCCCGAUCCCAGAAGCUCACACACAGUCACUCAUCCACUGCUACCAACCAACAGGGGAAGAAAGGGAAGAACGAACCAAAAGCCGACAUCUCGGCUGAGUCUGAAGAUGCCGCCGAAAGAAGCGGUCAGGAACCGAGCGUCGGUGACAGCAGCAGUAAAGCAAAAGCCGCUGAGAGGGAACCAGCGAGUGAGCAGAAACGUGAUAGGAAAGAACUGGAUGUGGAGAAAACCCAGCUGGAAAUCCCCACGGUUGAGAUCAUUGAGAAGAAGCCGGCACCGGAAAAGGUUACGAAAUCCAAAAGGGGAAGGUACAAAAACACCAAAACCGUUGUAGAUAAAACGUCUGUCUGCCUCAAAAACGUUGAGAUACGCCUCAACGUGGACGAAGUCAAGGGCGCCCUGCGGCCGACCGAGGAGGAGGCGGAGCCGGUGGCGGUGUCGCCAGCCAAAAUGAAGAGCCCCCCGAAAGAGGACAUCUUGCCACCCCAUUUUGCUAAGAACGAGGUAGAAGAUUCCUUCCCAGAAACGGAAAAAGAGGUGGUGCGGGAAGCGAAGCCGUCCCCCGAAGCUGCCCAGUUGGCAAAGCAGAUUGAACUGGAGCAGGCCGUGGAGAACAUCGCAAAACUCACCGAAACUCCUCCGUCGAUUGCUGCCUACAAGGAGCCGACGGCAGACGUGCCUGAAGUUCGUCCGGAGGAGGAAGGAGAUAAGCCCGCCCACCAGGCUAGUGAAACAGAGCUGGCAGCGGCCAUCGGCUCCAUCAUCAACGAUAUUUCUCCGCGGGAGGAGAUGGAGCCGGAGACCGACCAGGCGGUGAAUAACAUCCUAGAAACAGAGGCUGCUGUGGAGCCUGCGGUGCCGCCGGUUCCCAGCUCUGCCCCACCGGUAGAGACGGAGAGCAAGGAGGCCGAAGUCAGCUUCAGUGAAUCUUCCAACUCUGCACAGGAGGCCGAGACCUUGCAGGAGGCUGAAGUUGCUCGGAAAGAAAAGGGCCGUCAGAAAACCACGCGGCAGAGACGCAAAAGGAGCACGGGCAGAAAGGGCGACACUGCUGACGUCAACCAAACAAAACCGUCAGCUCAGCCACCUGUGGAGCCAAGCAUGGCCGAUGCCAGCAAUGCUGCCGCUGAGGUGGUGGCCGUGCACGAAGCCGUCGCCGAAAGCAGCACUUCUCCGAGAGCACCUGCUCCAGCUCCUCUGGACCUGGCCGCCCCACCGGUUCCCCUCGACGAGGGAAGUCAGAGCGGGUUCAAGAUACGGUCGCCCAUGGAGAACGCGCCCAUCACGCCGCCGAGCGCCCCAAAUGCAGCCCUUCCCACCAUCCCCUCGGCAGCGAUGGCCGCCAAGCUGCCCACCCCCAUGCCCACGGCGAUCGUCCCCCUUCACGCCGGCACUGCCAAGGUGCCGGAGUGGAUUGUAAGGCACGAGGAACCCCGUGCCCGUUCCACGCCCCCGACGCACGCUGAGCCGGUGACUGCGCCUCGUUUGGAGGAGGCGCCCCUCCACCCUGCGGUUGAGGCCAUAAAACCGGUUUCGGAGGAGAAGCCAGCAGUUCCCAUCACUAAUGCCUUGGAUCCACCGGCGGCCGAAGCGCCGGUGUUCAGCGAGAAGGAAAAGCUGAGUACGGUGAUUGCUCCCAAAGCUACUUCGGUUAUAAGCCGGAUGCCCCACAGCGUGGAUCUGGAGGAUGCUCCGAGGAUCACCUUGGUGAAGCAAGCUCCCCAAACCCAGACGUGUCUCGUCAACGCCCCCUCACCUAAAUUCAAGCAGAGGUCAAGCGCAAAUGAUAACAGUAGGUUUCAUCCGGGAUCCAUGUCUAUUAUCGAGGAGAGGCCUGUAGAGACCGGGUCCAGUCCGGGGCUGCGGGUGAACACCUCGGAAGGCGUAGUGCUCCUGAGUUACUCGGGGCAGAAGACGGAAGGCCCUCAGCGCAUUAGUGCCAAGAUCAGCCAGAUUCCCCCGGCCAGCGCUGUCGACAUUGAGUUUCAACAGUCUGUAUCCAAGUCUCAGAUUAAACAAGAGCCUAUCACGCCUUCCCAGCCAACGCCGAAAGGCUCCCAGACUUCGGCGGGUUACGGGACUGUGUCCACCCAUUCUUCUUUGGUACUAGGAACGCAACCUUACAAUACGUCGCCCGUCAUCUCUUCCGUUAAACAGGAGCGCACCGCACUGGAGAAAUCGGACUCGUCCCACCUCUCUGUCCAGACUCCCACGUCUCAGCCCGGUAAGGUCCUCCCGCAGACUGUGAACACUCCUCCUGUACUCGUCCACAACCAGAUGGUUGUGAACAAAAAGCUGUCCGAUCCAGCUGCUCUGAAAGUGGAGACCAAGACGCUGCAACCCUCCAACUUGAGUCCUGGAGUCAGUCCCCACCACCCUUCUCUCUCGGGGAAAAUGCAUUCGGAAGCGAACCACGUCAGCUCGGGCCCCAGCACCCCAACCGACCGGGCUAUUUCCCACUUGGGGGUCACCAAGCAGGAGCCGCACUCGCCGCGUACCAGCGGGCACUCGCCGUCGCCGUUCCCGCGGACUUGUCACACCGGCAGUACCUCGUCUCCGGCUUUAUCGAGCAGUACCCCGGUCAUGCUGGCGCCGGGAAUUCCCGUCCCUCAGUACAUAUCCAGCAUGCACCCCGAGCAGUCAGUUAUCAUGCCCCCUCACAGCGUAACGCAGACUGUGUCCCUGGGCCACCUGUCCCAGGGCGAGGUGAGGAUGAACACCCCUCCUCUCUCCAGCAUCCCUUACGGCAUCCGCCCAGAAGCGCUCCACUCCCCCAGAGCUGCUCUGCAAUCCCAGAUAGAGAUCAAACCUCAGCGAUCCAGCACACCCCAGCCGGCUCCGAUACGGGACAUAGUCAUGCCCCCUCUGUCCUCGCAGCAUGCCCCCGAGGAGGAGAUGCACUACCACCACACCACGGUGUGCCGAGGGCCGGCCUCGGUUCAGUCCGACGUGCUGGUGAUGCAGCCGGAUUACCGCAUGCACCCCACGAGCAUCAGGCUGGACCAGUACAGCGUCCCCCGCGACGUCAGGAUGAUCAUGCACCCGCACAUGGCCGCCGUGGGCGAGCACCACUCGGAAACGCGACAAUCCCGAACUCCUGAAGGGGCUGUGAAAACUCCCCCCGUCAGCAAAACCCCGCAGCCGGGAAAAGAGACGCCGAAAUCCUCCGAAGGCAAGAUGGCACACUCUCCUCACAGCGAGCCCCGGCUCCUCAGCGUCCCCUCCAGCAGCCAGCUGUCUGGGCUGCCGCUGUCGCAGCCGGUGGUGGUACCGCACGGGGUGCAGAUCAUGCACCCCGCGAGCAGCUCCUUCCACGAUUACCGGUCCGUGUAUGGCGACAUGAGGAACUACCAUACGGCGGCACAGCUCGGGCAUCCUCAGUUCCCCGGCGCCUCCCCGAUCGGGUUGCCUUCCCGGAGCAUGACCCCAUCUCAGGGUCUACCGGAGGGCGAACACUCACACCCCAGCCAGCCAGUACGCAGCAAGACUCCACAGAUCCCGCAGGAUCCCAAGGGCCCGCCGGCAGCCGGGCCUGAGCAGAGUCACCACCCCACUGUAAAUAGGCAUGCGGCCCCGAUAGACCCUCAUGUCCACCUUCAGAGGGCACAAGCGGACGCGGGCCAGACCUCCUACCCUUCGCCCGUCGCCAUUUCCAUAAAACAGGAGCUUCCAUCGCCGCACCAGCCUCAGGCGGUUCCCAAGCAAUCCAUGUUUAUCCCCACGACGUCGGGGCCGCCCCUCAAUCGCCCGGAGCCCCAGUCCACGCUCAAACAAGAGCCGUCGCCUCACCCCGUUUCGCAGAGACCUGUGGACAUGGUUCAGCUUCUCACG